UGUACUGUCUCAGAGAAUCCGUUUGCUCUUGAGUGGGCGGUUUCUAAGUUCUUUGCUUCGGUCCGAAUCUAUACACUAAUAUACCAAUCUACCUCUUCCUUCGUCCUCUGAUUUCUUUUUUUUUUUAAUUUCGCGCCACCAGUAUCUCUCUUUCCCAGUAAAAGGGUAAGUGUGAGUUCCGUUUUUUUUUUUUGAAUUAUACUGAGGUAUCCUGGCUCCACAAAAGUGAUCUAGACUAAUCGCCACGUCAUCUUCUGUUUUUGGCGAUGCCGAAAUGUUAAUUCUCCAGUGACCGGAAUUCGAAUUCAGGAGCUGUAAGCCCUUUAGCACUAGAGGUAGAAGCCUCGGUUAUGAGUUUCGUUUUUACUUUCACACUUUAGAUGAUCCAUUUGGUAGCAAUCGUUGUUGACUCUCCCCAGAGAGUGUUCAGUCUAAAAGUGGAUGAAGAAUCAUAUAAGACUUGGCACUACUGAAUCCAAUAUAGAGACCAUUGCUUUGAGGUUGCAUAGGUAUGGUGAGGCAAAAAAGAGCCUCUAAGGUUCAUGAGGAUAGAUAUCCCUCCUCAGAGCAUCAUCAUGGAGGCAAGGAUGAGCUGGUGAAGCGUGAUAUGUUGGAUCCACCAAGCUAUCUCCGACGAAGAAGAACUGAAGAUAUCUGUGGUAAGGCCUUGAGUUUUGGUGUUUUGGAUUGGAAACAGUUUGAAGAUUGCAAGAAGGUUUCCACUUCACAAGGAACCAAAGGAGCCUGGUGUAGUUAUGACACUGAUUCAGUGGAAGCUUCUGCAAGCUCGUAGGAGCUAGACUUAGAAACAGCGGUUGUCAAAAGACUGGAGCCAGAUACAAGACAUGAUGAUGAUGUCCAAGGUGAAUGUUCAAGUUCGGUUAAUGUAAUAGAGAGGAACCAAAACUCUUUGUUGGAUCAAAAUAUUCCUACUGUGACAUCCAAAAAGGAAAUAAAUGCUUCUCCCAACCGCCGCUUCAGCUUCAGUUUUAGUCAGAUGAGUAGAAGCUUCAGUUCCAAAGAAAGCUCAUCAUCAGUUCAUGCAUUGUCAAGCACAUCUCAUGCUUCAGCUAAAUCAGGUUCUUUAACAUUCAAUAACUCACUUUACACCAAUCACUCCACCAGAACAAAGCCUAAUGUCCACACUAGAGCUAGAUCAGGCCCUUUAAUAAUACCGAAGACCAAAAAGAAUCAGUGCAGCUCAAGAUCCCACGCUCUUUUGCAAUUCACUUUGAGAAAAGGUAUCAGUUUGUUUCAGUUUGUAGUUGACAGCAACGUUCUUGCUGCCACCAUGAAGAGUUCAGAUUCUUCCACACGGUCUUACACAUUGUACACCAUCAAAGAAGUAAAGAACAAGAGUGGAAACUGGCUAGGCCGCCACAAGAACGACCAUCCAUUUGUACAUACCGUCAUCGGUCAAAUGAAAACUAACUCAGAUUCAUCAACGUGCAAAUCGGAAUCUGUUUUGUUCGGUGUUGAGACAAACAAAGAGGUUGCAGCUAUUGUUCAGACAAGAAACAGAGUUCAGAAACAAAGCAUAACUAGUGUUAUACUCCCUAGUGGAGUUCACACACUUCCUAAAGACGGUAACAUUGCCCCUUUGCCGUUGAUUAAGCGGUGGGAGUCCGGUGGUUCAUGUGACUGCGGUGGAUGGGACAUUGGUUGCAAACUCCGUGUCUUGUCUAAUGAUCAUCGUGCAAAGUCUCAAACUUUCUCAAGCUUUCAACUGUUUGAUCAGGAAAGAGAUGAACCAGCGUUCAAGAUGGUGACAAUGGAGUUCAAGUGAACGGGAAGAUUGAUCGCAAUGGAGUUCACACUGAUAACUCAUUGAAUGGCGCCUGAAAACUCGCACCAGACUUGAGACAAGAUCUAUAUAUGAAUACAGCUAAUCAAUGGCGGCAUGAAGACAUGUUGGUCAUUGUUUCAGAAAAGAACAUUCGUAGAGAGAUGUUAGGGCUAUGCUAGUAUGUACAUUUUUCAGUUCCGUAUUUCCCAAGUAAUCAUGUUAUGUUGGUUUCACAUUGUUUUUCUUUUAGGUCAAUUUUUUACUCUUCGAGAAGAUGUUAUGCGUGUGUUUA